AUGUACAUAAAAAAUUACUUCUUUGCCCUACAGAUGUCUAAAAGGCGCGUCACAUCACUAACUGUGGAAGAAAUUUUGACAACACUUGAAGAAUUUAUAGAAGAUGCAGAUGUGGAAAGAGCAGAUGCUGUUAUCAUCCCACCAGAAUCUGAUACACUAAGUGACAAUGAAGAUAUUGAUGAUGACUGUACUGGAAAUGUUGACGUCGAUGACGUAGCUGGAGCACUAGAAUUACAUGUCGCUGCACAAAUUAUCAAUGACGACGUAAAUGAUAUUGAAACAGGAGAAACUCCGGAAGUUAGAGCUGAAACACGGCAAGCACCAAAAAAAAGAAAGCUCAGCAAUUCAGUACCAACAUGGCGUAGUAAAGCACCAUAA